GGAGCCGAAGCCGCGCCAGCGCCCGCCUGCCUUCUGUCGCCGCCGCCGGGCAGGAAGAUGGCGAACGUGCAGCUGGAGUUCCAGGCCAGCGCCGGCGAGGCGGAUCCGCAAAGCCGCCCGGUGCUCGUCGUGGGCCGGCUGCAGAAUCUCCACCGCGUGCCGUGGGCUCAGUUGCGGGGCAAGCUGCAGCCGAGGGUCACCGAGGAAAUAUGGCAAGCUGCCUUAAGCACCCUGAACCCAAAUCCAACUGAUAGCUGCCCUCUCUACUUGAACUAUGCCACAGUUGCGGCAUUACCUUCCCGGGUCACGAGGCACAACAGCCCAUCGGCAGCCCAGUUUCUCACACGCCUCAUUCGAAACUGUCUCCCAGGCGGGACCAACAGAUGCAUCCUUAUGGUCUGUGACCGUUCAGAGGUCUUCGCCUCAGCCUGUGCCAUAGCCAGGGCUUUCCCACUGUUUACACGGCGGUCUAGCGCAUCUAGACGCACAGAAAAGAAAACGGUAAUCGUGGAGUUUUUCCUGGUUGGACAGAGCAAUGGACCAGUGGAGGUGGACAUGCUUAAAUGUCUGGAAAGUGCUACAGAAGGAGUAAGGUUGGCUGCUCGUAUUGUAGACACCCCGUGCAAUGAAAUGAACACCGAUAGCUUUCUGGAGGAAAUAAAAAAAGUUGGAAAAGACUUGGGAAUCGUUCCGACCAUUUUUCGAAAUGCAGAGCUGAAGGAGAAGGGAUUUGGAGGUAUCUAUGGUGUUGGCAAAGCAGCCGUGCAUCCACCUGCCCUAGCUGUGCUCAGUCAUGCCCCAGAAGGUGCCACACAGACCAUUGCCUGGGUUGGGAAGGGCAUUGUCUAUGAUACUGGAGGGCUCAGCAUCAAAGGAAAGACAACAAUGCCUGGGAUGAAACGAGAUUGUGGUGGAGCUGCUGCUAUUUUGGGAGCCUUCAAAGCUACUGUAAAGCAAGGCUUUAAAGACAAUCUUCACGCAGUGUUUUGCUUGGCCGAGAAUUCUGUUGGACCAAAUGCAACAAGACCUGAUGAUAUCCAUGUUCUUUACUCGGGAAAAACUGUGGAAAUCAACAACACCGAUGCCGAAGGCAGGUUGGUGCUUGCUGAUGGAGUUGCGUACGCCCGCAAAGACCUUGGUGCUGACAUCAUUCUUGACAUGGCUACUCUCACUGGGGCUCAGGGAAUUGCCACAGGGAAGUACCACGCUGCCGUCCUCACCAACAAUGAAGAAUGGGAAACUGCUUGCGUUAAGGCAGGCAGAAAUUGUGGAGAUCUAGUUCAUCCCCUUGUCUAUUGCCCUGAGCUGCAUUUUACCGAAUUUACCUCAGCUGUAGCUGACAUGAAGAACUCUGUGGCAGACCGGGAUAACUCUCCAAGCUCUUGUGCUGGACUUUUUAUUGCUUCACAUAUUGGGUUUGACUGGCCUGGUGUCUGGGUCCAUAUAGACAUUGCAGCCCCUGUCCACGCGGGUGAGCGAGCCACUGGCUACGGUGUAGCAUUGCUGCUAUCUCUGUUUGGUCGUGCCUCUGAAGACCCUCUGCUGAACAUGGUGUCUCCACUGGGCUGCAAUGAAGACGCUCCAGAGGAUGACGUGGAGAGAGAUUCCAAGAGACGGCGCUUGGUUUAGGCCCCACCACCACCUUUUGGGGUGGCACGCUUGUGUUACCUCACUUUGCACUGAAGAGUUUCCCAUCCCAUGAAAGUAGCCUGUGUCAAAAACAUCCAUUUUAAAUCCAGAAUGAAACGAAAGAAAAAGAAAAAAGAAAAUAGUUGUUAUUGCUUGCAUUUCUCCAUCUCAUUCUGCUGAAUUGGCCCUGUUCUUCUUCGUGGUCUCUGUGAAUUCACACUAAUGGGUUAAUCUGUGGCUGCGCAGAGCAGCCUUGGAAUCUUCUAUAGCUCAGGCACAUGGUGCCGGGACCUCCCACACGCUGGCUAUAACCCCACCCUGGCACCAAGUGCCUCAGUUCCGUUUCUGCUGCAGCUACUCAGAUUGGAGCUUCAUGUUUGUUUUUUCCCUUCAACCUUGUUUAAAUCAUAUUCUUUGACAUCCCAGCUUUUUCGACUCGGCUUGUUUCACCAUUCUUCUGGUUUUGUGAGUCUAACGUUAAGAGUGUUUGUUUUUCUGCGAGUUUAUGGCCACUUCAGGGCCCUUCAAACGCUGCGCAUCCUGCUGUAACAAGGUCCCGCUCUCUGAUGGCCAUUCUCAGGGCUUAUUCUGUCUCAGGGAGGAGCACCAGCCUGC